CAGACAUUAUCAUCCAGACGCCUGGGAGGGUGAUGGUGAAGGCUGGUGAUACAGUGAUCUUGAAAUGCAAUUUGAUUGAGCUUAUCACCUACUGCCACUCUGUGACUUGGAUGAAAGUAGACCCCAGGACUGGAACACUGAGUACAAACCUAAAGACUGAUAACAACUCUAAGAAGGGAGAAGUGAAACAUGACAAACUAUGUUCUGCUACAAUCACCAAAGCAACAGUGAGCGACUCGGGCAUGUACUAUUGUUCAGCUGCUCAAUCCGAAAUGGUGCACACGGGCAAUGGUUCUAGAGUUAUUGUGAGAGAGAGCGAGAGAACACAGAACAUCACUGAAUCCCCAACCAUCAAACUCCUCUCUCCAAUGGACGGUGAUGGGUCUGUUGUGUUGACGACUUUAUACUACACAGCAGAGUCCUUCAUCCCUCUGCUGUGUUUGGUGUUGAAAGUGGUCCCGUCUCAGGUCCAUGUGUUCUGGCUCAUAGACGGGAGACAGGACAGUGGACUUACUGCGUCCACUUGGACAGACAACAGUGAUUCAGCCACAGAGUUCACUAUGAACCAGAUUCUGGUCCAGGCAGAGGAGUGGGACAGAGGGGUGCAGUGUACAUGUGUGGUGGAGUUUGAGGGAAAUUAUAUCAACAAAACCCUGAUAAAGAACAAUGAUUCUAAUGGCAUGUGCACAAUCCUGCUGUAUUGGGCAUCUGCAGCUGCUCUCCUCACCAUUAUAGUGGCUGUCACUGUCGCUGUGUGUCUGCACCGUGGACAUCCUGUGGUUACUGAUGUGGAUACAAGACAAAGAGUCACAGGCACUGAGAGCAGGCAGCAUCAAUCUGGGAAACGUGGAGAAGCAAGAAAGGCAGUUAGAUCAUCCGUCUCGGUCCAGUAUGCGACUUUGGACCAUAUCAAUUUUGGGAGAUGCCCAAAUACAAUUAUCCAAUAAGAUUUGGAAGAAGAAAUUGCAUAAGAGUUUUCAGAUUAUUAUGUAUGUAUUUGUGUAUAAAGCAAGAGCCAGUGUCCGCAAUUGCAAAGUGCCCAGAGCCAAUAGCAAACACAGAGCUCUUUCUUUUAUAUUGGAUUUCAACUGUGGAAUAGCCUCCCAUUAGCCAUUAAGCUGUCCCAGUCCUAAACUGUUUUCAGAGGUCAGGUUAGAGCCCUUCCGUGGGAGAACGUGUACCGGCCUACAUAGGAAAAUUACUGAAAUAGUCUUGAAUUUUGUGUUGAUGAUGUAUUUAUUGUGGUGUAGGCUAUUUAGCUGCUUAUCACAGGCCCAUGUAUUUUCCUGUGUAUUUCCAUGUAUUUUCAUGUGUUAUGUCCUGUUUUUGUCCUACACAGAGGACCACAUUGGAAAUAAGUGUUCUUAUGCUAUCAUGUGUCAUCCUCUGGGAUUAUUUGUAAAUGAAUGUCUUUGUUUUUCUUUGUUUUCAUUUUAUUACCUCUUUCAUUACCUCUUAUCUAAUUUACAAUUUUCCUGGAACUGUUGGUGCCAACAUUGCCUAUGUUUUUGAACAGAUAUCUCAAACAUAUGUUUAAAAACUUUGCUUGACUGCUAAAAAAUAUAUUCAAAUUCUCAAUCUCAAACACACUUUGACGAACUCUGUACAUCUUAUUUCUCUGACCAAAAUGAGAAGGCUUACUGUUUUUUGACACUUGUGAGUUGUUUGAUCCUGCACAGACUGCAGAUUGUGUAACAUAUGAGAAACUGUAGCCUUCAGAACAGAAGCUGACCACAGACCACAGUAGUUUAAGCUUUAGCUGCCUAACUCUCUCCUGCACACACACUCAAUCUGUCUCUCGCUGUCUCUGCAAGGUGUGGCAUUCUCAGGAUGAUAUGCUUUUGGUCAGACACAGCUUUGGUCAAAUCCAUUCCUUGCUUAUAACAAAUCACUAGCAGAUUCUAUUUGCAGGCUUUUUCACCCUAUAGCACAUUAUGAAAGAUUAACAUUUUUACUUUCAUGAUAUGCUACCAGCUAUCAUCCUAUCACUUAACCUAACCUCAGCAGCUUUCAUGAUAUCAAUGAAACUCAGACAAUAGAUGGAAUGUGCUGUUAUUAUUGUAACAAUUAAUCUUCCACAAC